AUGGCUCGCUUCACCAGCAUUGCUCUUGCCUUGGCGUCUGCCAUCGGCUACGUUUUCGCCGAGUCUGGCGACAUGACCUACUACGCCCCUGGCUUGGGCUCAUGUGGUGGUACCAACAGCGAAUCUGAUGCUGUUGUUGCUCUGUCUUACGAGCAGUACAACGGCGCCAAUCCCUGUGGCAAGACAAUCAGUAUCACCCUCAACGGCAAGACCAUUCCUGCCACCGUCGUCGACAAAUGCAUGGGCUGCACUGUCGACGCCAUUGACGUCUCCCCGUCUGUUUUCGAGCAGUUGGCCAGCCUGGAUGUUGGCCGCACUGUCGUCACAUGGGAAUUCACCUCAUAA